UGUAAGAGCAGCAGUUGCCAGCGGAAACGGAAGUGCAGAAAGGCCCGAACGGCUGGCCGUGCAAACUGUUGCUCGUCGGUGUGUUGGUGUUUUGUGUUUGUGUGUUGUGUGCGUCGGCAUUGGUGUACCAGUAUCGGUGUGCUGGUGUUGUGUUUGUGUUUAGUGGCAUUGUUGGUGUUGGACAAUUAGCAAAGUUGCUAUAACAGACCGAAUUAUCCGACAAAUUUGAUGAAAAUGGUAAACAUUAAACUGUAAUGCGGCACGCGGAGUAAAAAAGUCCUGAAAUGGCACAGCAACAGCGCAGUUGGGACGAAGGAGCCGUCGGAGGAGGUUCCUAUGGCCAUCCCCACUCCUCCCAUCACAAAGUACCUGCACGAGCUGCCAGCAAUCCUUUGCCCUGUAAAGGAGCCACUCCCAAAAUGCCCAGGCAAUACCAUGGAGCUCCAUCACCGGGUUAUAGCUAUGGUGGAUAUGAGACCCCACGGAGUCCCAAAAUCACGACCACCUUUGCCCAGGAUAGCUGCGAUGAUGCUAGUAGCUCCACCCCGAGCUCAUAUUAUCAGACACCUCCUUCAGGAUCAAUAGAUGAUUCGGCCUCUUUGCUCAGUGGACGGACCACUGCUCGCAGUCCCAAGUCUCCGUGCCAGUUCGUCUUCGAUGCAGUGAGUCCCAGCCACGGGCGGAAGUUUGAGUACUACGAACCCAUCUCACCCGACGAUGGAGCCCUGUAUUACGAUCCACCCAGUUCGCCACGACGUCAGGGCUCCAAGAAGUUGAUGAGGACAAAGACACCGCUAGAUCCGGUUCCUCAGUUAACGACAACCGGAGUGGAUGAGAGUAUGGCAGUGGCCAUGGCCAUGGGAGGCGGAGGAUACAAUCAAGGGGGACUUAACAAGCGGCAGCGGGAUGAAUGGGAACUGCCGGUCAUCAGCAAGAUCGAGGCAAGAAAUCUCAGCGCAGCUGCAUCCGCUGCAGGAGCAGGAUCGGGUUCGGGUGGUGGAAACUAUUACGGUUUAAAGCGUGAUUCCUGCGUCACUGACUGCACACAGCUAUCCAUGGAAUCCGGUGAGACGGGCACCCAGCAUACCAACAGCACCAUGGUGACCCACACCACCACCAGUUUUAGCUUUACGGAGCCGGAAAUGGAGCAAGAACCUGGACAGCCGCAAUCGCAUCGCCAACGCCGCCAUGCCAUCAACAUCACCUCCAAUCCCGGCUACCAGGUGCUGCACAGCUCCCAUUCCACCCUGGAUCGUACCUGUUCCGAUAGCGUUGUCUCACUGCGCUAUCGCAAAUCCACCAGUGACCUGACCCAAGAUGCUGACCACGAGUUGAGUGGCUGCAAGCCCAACAAGCCGAAGCCCCAUGUGGAACACAAACCCCGGCGCAGGGGCAGUUCCAAAGGCGGAUUGGCCUACCUGGCCAGCCGUCGGAGUUCUCGGGAAUCGAUGAAGAGCGCCUGCUCCAAUGCCUCCAUUGUUUCGAAUGACGAUGUUGGACCUUUGGCCUUUCAGAGCUCCAAUCGCGGUCGCCAGCGCAGAACUUCGAACUUUCUCGAGUUGCCAGUUCCUGACCAUGUGCGUCCGCGUGUCUGCUCUCUGCCAGAGCGACCGUACAAUCCGAGGGCCAGCGAUGAUCUAUAUCGGCUGCGUCACUUCUCCAUCAGCAAAGGCAAUGUCGUGAACUGUGGCGACUCGAUAAUAUCGCGGAGAUCACGGAGCAACACCAGCGUGAACUCAACGAAUAGCAGGGCCAGUGAGCGGUCGCCCUUCGAGGGAAGCUGCUGUGGGGCGGGCUACGCCAAUGUGGACUCCUUGCCAGCGACACCAGAUGACUCGGAGAACUUGGAUCCACCUCCGCCGGCCCGCUACCGCGUUGUGAUGCUAGGCGAUGCCGGAGUGGGCAAGACGGCGCUGGUCAAUCAGUUCAUGACGUCGGAGUACAUGCAUACCUACGAUGCUAGCCUGGACGACGAGUUCGGCGAGAAGACGGUGAGCGUGCUGCUGGAUGAUGAGGAAUCGGACAUGGUAUUCAUCGACCAUCCCAGCGUAGAGAUGAGCGUCGAGAACUCACUGUCCACCUAUGAACCCCAUGGCUGCGUCGUUGUCUUCUCUGUGGUGGAUCGCAGCUCCUUUCGCGUGGCCGAGGAAAUCAUCAAUUAUCUGUGGCAGGAAAACUAUACCAAGGACAAGGCCGUCAUCCUGGUAGGAAACAAGGCGGAUCUGGCCCGUGCCCGGCUUAUCACCUCACAGGAGGGCAAAGCCCUGGCCGCCUCACGCGAUGCCAAAUUUAUUGAGACGUCCAGCGGCAUACAGCACAACGUCGAUGAGCUGCUCGUCGGCAUAUUGAAGCAGAUGCGCCUGAAAGAAAAGCGAGAGAAGAAGGCCACCGCCUCGAAAAUGAAGACCUCUCGCACCCACAUAUCGCUGCACUUGGCCAAGGAGCUCCUGCAGAAGAUUUGCCUCAGUGACAUAUCCAAGUCGAAGAGCUGCGAGAAUCUGCAUGUGCUAUAAAGAUAUUCCACUGGCGAAACCCAAUCACAUAUGCUGAGCCCACCCAGAUGUCUUCUUCCUUUCCCGUUUCGCCGGCAUUCCUGGGGUGAAAUUAUGCCACAAAACUGUAUACAAAAGAGAAAUUUUUAUCAAAAGCGGCUGCCGGGCGGAAUAUUCCAAAUGCCAUUCAAAUUGGACCGCAAGAGGCUGGCGGGGAUGUGUUCAUCUCCUUUGUUGUGCUCCGUUUAUUAAAAGUUUAAUGCCGGGUCUUGGAUUUCGGCAAGUCAUUGGCUGUGGUCAGGCCUCCAGAUUCGGCGAUACGCCUAUCGUCGUGUUUAUGGCGGAUGUUUUUGGUUCGUCUUAUCGCCACCAGACGCACCUCCAAGUGGAUGGCGAAGGCCGGAUUGAUAAGAGCCGAUCCAAUAAUCCAAUGAUCCGAUGAACCAGCAACCCAGCAAGGCGUGUGCAACCUCCAAGCCCAAAACAGAAACCCGCUGAAGGGGGCGGGUCUCUCACAAUACUACUUAAAACAGUAUAAAUAUAUUUAUAGGUGUAUAUUUUAAAUGCGUACUCGCAUAUACAUAUUAUGUGUUCCAUUGCGAAUAACUUCAAUUCCAAUAAUGUGCUGUCAAUUGAACGCUACGAAACGCUUAAGAGGAGCAGCCCCCCAAAGGACGAGAGAAACUUUAUAGAUGUUGAUUUAUGUAUACACAUAGUGGCCAUAAGCAUCAUAUAUAUAUACCAUAUAUGUAUACACGUGACCUAUAUCGGAUAAGUUUAUUGUCUAGGCUAGGGUUACUUAACGCUCCACCUGCUUCGCAAAAUAAUUCUUCCAAUUGACGAAAAUCUCAUAUCGGAAUGACUGUUGAAUGUUGACUGUUGUUAGUCUAAGCCAAGAACAAAUACCAUUUAAUCAAAGUACUUCACUCAUACGUUACUACGAGUAUAUAGAUGUAUUCUUACGUGUACCUAUACUAUAUAUAUAUACAUAUAUUAUAUAUUUAAAGACAACAUAUACAUAUAUAUAUAUACAUGGAACUUCUAACACUUCUGAACUCAUACGCUUAUAUUUGAAAAAUACCUUUUACAAAAUGCGAAAGGCAAGCAAAAACAAACGUAACUCUAACUAUUUUCAUACGCAAACUUACACAUUAGAUGGGGGAUUUGGAAUGGGUUUGAAGGCCUGUCCUGGCCUGGUCUAGGCUGCCAUAGCCUGGCCGGGCAACAUAACAGGCUCGUCCAAAAGUCGAGCACUCGACAGCUGUGCACUCAUGUUUGCUCUACCCCCCUUCCUUCCGCCUCACAUCAUCCACCUCCACCGCUCUCCUUUCUGUCGAGUGCACUUUAUCAUUUUUAACAUUUAGCAAACAAAACACAAACUUGCUCCGGCGAAAGUUUUAAUUUGCAAAAACGCAGGGCCUGGCCUGGCUGGCGAAUUCGAAUAUUUCCCAGCCGCAUUCCUCAAAUCUGUGGCAAUCUGCAUCGCGCAUACGCCGUGUGUGUGUGUGUGUCAGCAUCAGGGUCGCGGCUUUAAUUUGAUUUGCUAAUCAAAUCGCUGAGGAUAUUUGUACCGAAAUCGAAUCAGAGCCAGCUAUAAACUCCCACCGAAUUUAUUGUGUAAUGCUAUUAAAUAAACAAUGUAUUCUAAAUGAGAUUUUACUGCUACCAUUUAGAUCCAAAAGUUGGCUUAAAGCGUAGCUAUAAAGAUAACCAAACCAGACAUAUACCAGAUAUAUAUGUAUGUAAAGAUCGAUGUAUAUUUAUAUUUUUCCAAGGCAAGCUGAGAGACAAAGCAAACUGCGACAGCGACUAUACAACUGAAGGGAACCCCCGAAAACAAAGAAAACAAUUUUGUGUUGCAUAGUGUAAUCCACAAAUGUACGCUUUCGCCUGUCAACGAGAUGAGGCAGCAGAAAAAAACAAAUUAAUUAGAGUACACGGAGAUAAAAUCCGAUUUCUUGUUUGGUGUGUAUAACUUUCCUCAGCCCCUCCCCUCCCCUUCCUGCCCUUAAGACUCUCUCUUUCGAUCUCAUCAUCCGAUAAAUAAAGGACAAGGACGCUCUGUAA